UUGGCCUACGUCGAGUGGUUUUCGCCAUUCACCGGGACAAGCGAGAGAAAUCAUGGUAUGCACAAGGUCUCGCGAUCAUACGAAAAUGGGGAACAGCUAGUUAGUAUAAUAUCUGUGAAAGAUAUUCGACGCAGUGUACAUCUUAUACCGAAAUUUGGCCGCUCUGCGCCUCGGGAUUGGACUAGCAGCAAUGUUUUGGAACUGUGUAGAGACUUUUUUGUUAGCCCAUUCACUGAUCGUUACGCAUACGCAACUAUUUACUAG